AUGAAUUCUGGAGUUGCAUUGAAAUACGGAAACGACUCCUCGGCCGAGCUGAGCGAGCUCCACUUGGCAGCCCUGGCAUCACUCAAGGGAGACAUAGUGGAGCUUAAUAAACGGCUGCAGCAAACAGAGCGGGAACGGGACCUUCUGGAAAAGAAACUGGCCAAGGCACAGUGUGAGCAGUCCCACCUCAUGAGAGAGCAUGAGGAUGUCCAGGAGCGGACGACGCUUCGCUACGAGGAGCGCAUCACCGAGCUGCACAGCGUCAUCGCGGAGCUCAACAAGAAGAUAGACCGUUUGCAGGGCACCACCGUCAGGGAGGAAGAUGAGUAUUCAGAACUUCGAUCAGAACUCAGCCAGAGUCAACAAGAGGUCAACGAGGACUCUCGGAGCAUGGACCAAGACCAGACCUCUGUCUCCAUCCCUGAGAACCAGUCCACCAUGGUCACUGCCGACAUGGAUACCUGCAGCGACCUGAACUCGGAGCUGCAGCGGGUGCUGACGGGGCUGGAGAACGUCGUCUGCUGCAGGAAGAAGAGCAGCUGCAGCCUGUCCGUGGCCGAGGUGGACCGGCACAUCGAGCAGCUCACCACGGCCAGCGAGCACUGCGACCUGGCCAUUAAGACCGUCGAGGAGAUCGAGGGGGUCCUCGGCCGGGACCUGUACCCCAGCCUGGCUGAGGAGCGGUGUCGCUGGGAGAAGGAGCUGGCCGGGCUGCGGGAAGAGAACGAGAGCCUGACCGCCAUGCUGUGCAGCAAAGAGGAGGAGCUCAACCGGACUAAAGCCACCAUGAACGCCAUCCGGGAGGAGCGGGACCGGCUCCGGAGGAGGGUGCGGGAGCUUCAGACCCGACUGCAGAGCGUGCAGGCCACAGGGCCCUCCAGCCCCGGCCGCCUCACUUCCACCACCCGCCCCGUGAACCCCAGCACCGGGGAGCUGAGCACGAGCAGCAGCAGCAAUGACAUCCCCAUCGCCAAGAUUGCUGAGAGGGUGAAGCUAUCCAAGACCAGGUCUGAGUCCUCCUCGUCUGAUCGGCCCGUCCUGGGCUCAGAAAUCAGCAGCAUUGGGGUAUCCAGCAGCGUGGCGGAGCACCUGGCCCACUCCCUUCAGGACUGCUCCAACAUCCAAGAGAUCUUCCAGACGCUCUACUCACACGGAUCUGCCAUCUCCGAAAGCAAAAUCAGAGAGUUUGAGGUGGAAACCGAGCGGUUGAACAGCCGCAUCGAACACCUCAAAUCGCAGAAUGACCUCCUGACCAUAACCCUGGAAGAAUGCAAAAGCAACGCGGAGAGGAUGAGCAUGCUGGUGGGCAAAUACGAGUCCAACGCCACGGCCCUGCGGCUGGCCCUGCAGUACAGCGAGCAGUGCAUCGAAGCCUACGAACUCCUCCUGGCGCUGGCCGAGACCGAGCAGAGCCUCAUCCUGGGGCAGUUCCGUGCGGCAGGCGUGGGCUCCUCCCCUGGAGACCAGUCGGGGGACGAGAACAUCACUCAGAUGCUGAAGCGAGCCCACGACUGCAGGAAGACGGCGGAGAACGCGGCCAAGGCCCUGCUCAUGAAGCUGGACGGCAGCUGCGGGGGCGCCUUCGCCGUGGCCGGCUGCAGCGUGCAGCCCUGGGAGAGCCUGUCCUCCAACAGCCACACCAGCACAACCAGCUCCACGGCCAGCAGCUGCGACACGGAGUUCACGAAGGAGGACGAGCAGAGGCUGAAGGACUACAUCCAGCAGCUCAAGAACGACAGGGCGGCGGUGAAGCUGACCAUGCUGGAGCUGGAGAGCAUCCACAUCGACCCUCUCAGCUACGACGUCAAGCCCCGGGGAGACAGCCAGCGGCUGGACCUGGAGAAUGCGGUGCUGAUGCAGGAGCUGAUGGCCAUGAAGGAGGAGAUGGCGGAGCUGAAGGCCCAGCUCUACCUGCUGGAGAAGGAGAAGAAGGCCCUGGAGCUGAAGCUGAGCACCCGGGAGGCCCAGGAGCAGGCCUACCUGGUGCACAUCGAGCACCUCAAGUCCGAGGUGGAGGAGCACAAGGAGCAGCGCAUGCGGUCCCUCAGCUCCACCAGCAGCGGCGGCAAGGACAAGUCCGGCAAGGAGUGUGCUGACGCUGCCUCCCCGGCUCUCUCCCUCGCCGAGCUCAGGACCACGUACAGCGACAGCGAGCUGGCCGCAGAGUUCACCAGCGCCAUCCGCCGAGAAAAGAAGUUGAAGUCCAGAGUUCAGGAGUUAGUGAGUGCCUUGGAAAGACUCACCAAGAGCAGUGAAAUCCGCCACCAGCAAUCAGCGGAGUUUGUGAAUGACCUGAAGAGAGCCAACAGCAACCUGGUGGCUGCCUAUGAGAAAGCAAAGAAGAAGCAUCAAAACAAACUCAAGAAGCUGGAGUCUCAGAUGAUGGCCAUGGUGGAGAGACAUGAGACCCAAGUAAGGAUGCUCAAGCAAAGAAUAGCUCUGCUAGAGGAGGAGAACUCCAGGCCUCACACCAAUGAAACUUCUCUUUAA